GGGCACAACCCGCUGAUGACGUGUCGAGCAACAUGGCAGCGCACAUGAUGAAGCACAACAAUGAGCUUUCUCAUCUAGAGCGUGCAGACAGCACUAACUCUGAGUCUCCUUCAGAGGAUGGAAACUUUACAGAUGGUGUAGUUGCACUUGUUCAGAAAGAGAUAGGUGGCGACCUUAAGUCGCUAAAGAAGGUGUCAGGGCUUUUGGAGAAAUUGACAUUAGAGAACAAGCAGCUGGAGGAGCAGGUGCUGACUGUGUCCUCUUCAGUGCCGUUGCGUGUGUCGGCUGCCCUGUCCGCGGCAGAGGAGUCUCGAGUGAAGCUGGAGUCUUUACUGGAGAAGGAGAGACUUUUGUCCAACACUUUGCAGCAGCAUCUGCAGGGCUCACAGGUCUGGGCCGACAGCAUCGGGCAGGUCUUGGGUCAGCUAGACACAUUAGAGAGGCAUAUGAAGUACCUUCAAUGUCUGGCUCGUAUUGAGGAACUCAGUGACAGCAUCCAGCAGUAUCUGAUGACCAAUAGCGUGUGGGAUGCGGUCAGUGCAAUAGACAGGAUGGCCUCUCUGGAUAUGGGUUUGCGGGAGUCAGGCUGUAGCCACUUGCAGGCUUUCCUCAGAGAAACACUUCGCUUUUGGCACAAGAUCCUUAAAGACAAACUGGCCAGUGAUUUUGAGGAAGUCCUGACGCAGUUCCACUGGCCGUUCAUCUCGCCCCCAACACAGACCCUCUCUCCCCCGGCCAACGCACAGGAGCUCAACAGCCAGCUGGAGCUACUGGUCUCCCAACUUCUCUCUCUCCAGACCUCCGAUGACCUUAUAUCAGAGAAGAAAGAAACACCGUCUCGUCCUGGGCAGUCCCAGACUCCUCCACUCUCACUGCCCAUUCAGAUCAUGCUGCUUCCCCUCAGUAAGAGGUUCAGGUAUCACUUCACUGGAAACCGCCAGACCAACAACUUAAGCAAGCCAGAGUGGUAUUUGACCCAAGUCCUCAUUUGGAUGGGAAACAGCUCCAACUUUAUGGAUGAGAAGAUUCAGCCUAUAUUGGAUCGUGCUGGGGCCAAAGUUAAUGCAAGCGUGGAGCUGUGCAGAGGACUCUUGACUCUGGCGCAGGAGAAGCUCGCCCACGAUGCUCCUCGAUUGCUCUACGACGAUGCUCUCUUCUGCCACCUAGUGGACGAGGUGCUGCAGUUUGAAAAAGAGCUCCGCAGCACCCACAGUUACCCUCGAGCCUAUCCCGGCAUCUUGCACAUACUACUGGAGGAGACCGUGCUCCAGAAAUGGCUCAGUGUGGAGAGAAAGAUGGCUGUGGAAAAAGUGGACGCUAUGCUGUCUGCAGAGGGAGCCUGGAGCUCUCAGUACAAAGACAUCACUGAUAUGGAUGAGCUCAAAGCACCAGAUUGUGCUGAGACCUUCAUGACCCUUCUGCUGGUCAUCACAGAACGAUACCGCUCUCUGCCGUGUCCGCGGGCUCAGCUCAGUUUCCUGGCUUUGCAGAAGGAGCUGGUAGAUGAUUUCCGUAUCCGCCUCACGCAGGUCAUGAAAGAGGAGUCCCGACAGCCACUGAGCCCUCGCUACUGCGCCAUCCUCAAUGCUGCCAACUACAUCUCCACUGUUCUCAGUGACUGGGGGGACAAUGUUUUCUUCUUACAGUUGCAGCAGGCUGCAGUGUCAGUUGGCGAGGAUAUCCUAGGUCCUCUUGGGGCCACGGAGACGGGGCGUCUGGCCUCUCUGGAAGAAUCUUUGUUUGAGGCCCUGUUGGCCCUCCUGGAAAGGCUACGAGGAGACAUGCUGGGACGAUUACUGGAUGCAGUCAUGAGAGAUGUCAAAGAGAAGGCACAGCCAUACUGCAAGGACAGGUGGAUUUCUUUGCCAUCACAGAACGACCAAGCCACUAUGUCAUUAUCCAGCUCUGCAUGUCCCAUGAUGCUUUGUCUGAGGGAUCACCUGCUCCAGCUGCAGCAGAUGUUGUGUCUUCCUCUGUUUCAGAUGUUCUGGCAGGGCCUCGCAGAGAGGCUUGACAGCUUCAUCUACGAAGACCUGAUCCUGUAUAACCAUUUCAAUGAAGGCGGGGUGGCACAGCUUCAAUAUGAUAUGACCAGAAACCUUUUCCCUCUGUUUGGACACUACUGCAAGAGACCUGAAAACUUCUUCAAACAUGUGAAGGAGGCCUGCAUCAUCCUUACUCUUAAGGUUGGGCCGGCGCUGCUGUUGUGUGAUGUGCUGAAGCAGUCAGAGGAAGACGAUGGUCUUCUGAACCAUCAGCAGUCCAGUCCAGAGGCAGCGCUCAAUGAGCUGGGAGUCUAUAAGCUGGCCCCCAGUGACGUGCAGAUCCUACUCAACCUCCGCUCAGCCUGGCUCAACCAAUCAUAAAUUUACA